CCGUUUCAAGCUUCCUGUUAACUGCGCUCAUGUUAGCCGAUCUCCAUCGAGGGCACGCCACAAUCAUGCAUGGGUCUUUUGGAGUUGUGAAGCUGGUUACUAGUUACAGAUCGGGUUAUGUGAUUGUGGCCAACAGCGGAGACCCCGUGACGCACGGAAACGCGCAGCUCUAAUAAAUACUACUUCAAAUGGAGGAUCUAGCUUGGGCUACACCCUGCAACUUAGGUGUAACUAACGCUCCAUUUAUUUAUAUGGUGUGCAGGACAGCUGUUCCCACAGAACAUGGAUAAAGGGUGGUUCAUUGGACAUGAGAGGAUUCCCCCUGCAAAGGAGGAGGCGUCCAGCUCAUGCAGCAGUGUCUCAAGACCCCGUAUGAUUAUUAACCUGACUCAAAUGCUUCAAGCUGACAAACCUAAUGCAGUCAAGAAGCCAGUUCCAAUCCGCCCCCCAAGCCCCAGAGUCUCUGUGCCAAAGGAACAAGAGUUCCGCCGCAGUCUCUCCUGUGAACCCAUACCUAAACCCAUCAUCCUACAGCGGUCACACUCUCUGCCUUCCACCACACACAAGAAAUGUAGAAAUGUUGGCGUACGAUUUGUCGACUCUUUGGGGCUCGACCUGGAGGACGUCAAGCUUUUUAAAUCUGGAGAGGAUCCGUUUAUACCACAUCAUGUUGCCUUCAGAUUGCUGAUGGAUGCAGAGUUGGCAGAUGGAAAGCAUCUUGAGAUAUCUUUGCCAUACUUGAAGCCGGUUUUUAAUCAACAACCCGGUGACCAGGAAGGAUUCCUGCAUCGCCUCCAUGCGCAGAAAGUGUGUCUGGAAAGAGUCUUGUGUUUUGAGCUGGGUGUCAUGGGAAUCACCCAGGUCAUGAACUUGGACUUUGAGAAAGAUGUCACAGCCCGCUAUUCGUUUACAGACUGGAAGAGCUGCUCAGAAACUAAAGCUUCUUGGGUGUCCACCAUCACCAAGACCUGGGAAGGAGGAGGGGGCCAGUUCAGCUGUGAUACAUUUCGUUUCCACCUGCCUGUUCCUCCAUUCCUACAGCCAGGGGCAGUGUUACAGUUUGCCAUCCGAUACAGAGUCUGUGGGGCUGAAUACUGGGACAACAAUGAUGGAGAGAAUUAUAAGUUAGUCUGCCAUAACUACAAGCUCGCUGUGCCCAAAGAAUGCGAGGACAGCAUGGUGCACUUCAUUUAAGACGCUCACUAAAAAGGAUGCUGACUAAAAAAAGGGUAGACGAGGCCUAUUUAGAGCACUUUAUGACAGUUGCCACAAAGACCAAUUGAAUAUGCAGAACUUCUUUGUGAUAUAAAAUGUUGAUUUUGUUAGACUAACAAAAGAUUUCUUUGACGCAAGUUGGAUUCAAGGUAAACUGUCAACUCUACAGACGUAGUCAGUGUCAGCAACACAAAUGCUAAUGUGCUUCUACCUGAUGCCAACUUUGGUGCCACUGUCUUACUUUUGUGUUAUCUUUCUUAUAAAUUGCACUCUGUGAGUUGAUUUUCCUGGCUACUUUAAAAAUGCACUUUAAGUGGGCACAUCAAAUGGAAGUAACACCCACGAAUGUUGCGUAAAUAUUCAGUGAAAUUAAUGCACUUCAGUCCACUGUUGGGUAACUGACCCUAAACUAGUUUUAUACAAAGCAGGAAUUUGGUCUGCUGAACCAUUUUGCUCUGUAUUCAGAGUUUAUUUUUGAGUCAAAUGUUGUCAAACCAAAUGCCACAACCACGCAAUAGAUACAAUUUUGAUGAAUCAGAAAAUAAUGCGUAUUUUGUUUAACAAUAAAGCACAAUUCCACAAAA